GCAGUUUUCGAUGCCAUUGUUCAAACGCACAGAGGCGUGCAGAAUUCAGUAGAUAACUAGCGUCUACAUAUACAUUUAUACUUGGCUGUCUCCUUGUGGUAGUUGUAAAAGUAAGUUUGCAUUCUGUUUAAGAGCCAUUAGCUCAAUAUAAACUCAAGAUGUACCAUUAAAGCUAACGAAGUCAUAGAAAGUAUGAAAUUUUGGACAAAGCUUUUUUGUGGCCAUUUGUAGGGACACAACGUCUGUUAUCGUUGGUAGCUAUAGAUACUUGCUUAGUCAGUAAUAACGAGUCGGACCUCACAUUUUGUAACCUAAACCUUGAAGCGAUUCGAUGUAUCUGCUUAAAACGGCGGUUCUACAUUUCUUAUUUAGCUAAUUUUCUUUAAGCAAUAGCCCUUGUGCCUUCAAUUCACUAUACUUAGUCAAGAUGCAAGGUUAAACUAUACAAAACUGUCCGGAUAAUCUUAUGUUAUUUAAUUUAAUUCGGUACUAAUGAGUCAUGCGUAGCUGGUGAAAUUUAAGAAAAACCCUCAUUUCAUGAAGUGUUUUCUCCAAAGAUUAAGUUUCAAAAUUAUCGCAUUCUUUGCGUUACCUACUAUCGAGGUACGUUUUUCGAAUGAGUAAUCUAUAAUACUGAUAAAUAACCCCAAUUUUCUAAAAACACAAAUACAUAGUCUGCUGAGCGGAUGUUUAUUGUACUUGUUUUUACCGCCCACAGCUAGUACGGAUAGCCGUCUGCCUAUAACCUGCAUUUUCUAAGCAGUUGUUUAUGCCCAGUUGGUGCGUCAUCAUCGUAUUGUUAAGAUGUUUUGCCAGCUUACACAUCAACAUCAAACAUCGACCAGCCAUUUCGUGUGUUGUUUUGGUGCCGCUAGAGGCUCGUUAGUUGCGGCACCACUCAGCAGAUUAAAAAGUAGCACCCGGCGCCAGUAACUGCUACUUAGAAAAGUUUUUGUUGCUCUGUCCCAGUGAUCAUUUAUUUGUGGAUUGGGUGUUGGUAAAAAAAUCACAACAAAAGUUAAUUUGCUUGUAAGUAAAGUAAAUAUGGAAGAGAAACGAAAGCGUUGCCAGCCCUCCUGGAAGCUUCCGGCAGGUACUACGCUCGGCUUGAAGCUGUACAAUUCGUUGACACGACAGAAGGAACCCUUUGUCCCGCAAAAAGGCCAGCGCAUCACAUGGUACAACUGCGGUCCGACAGUGUACGAUGCCGCCCAUAUGGGUCACGCCCGUUCAUAUAUUUCGUUUGAUAUUCUCCGUCGGGUUCUGCAAUAUUACUUUGGUUACGAUAUAUUUUUUGUAAUGAAUAUCACUGAUAUCGACGAUAAAAUUAUUAAACGAGCGCGGCAGAACCAUUUGUUCGAGGAGUAUCGACAGUCUAAUCCUAAGAAUUUUGUCAAAGAUGGCAAAGAGGCCGUGGAGCGAUACCGCGAAAAGCUAGCCAAGGAAGAAGAUAAAGGUAAAAGCGCCAUGCUUGAAAGGCUUGUCGAGCAGGCGGAUGCGGCACUGGCUUGCCCAACAGAUGAAGCACGAUUAUGGGAAGCCCUUAAAGACCCUUUGUCAGACUGGUUGGAUUCGCAGAAGGGAUCAUCAGUUACGGAUCAUUCCAUCUUUAACAAAUUAUCCCGCUUUUGGGAAGAGGAAUAUUUCUCCGAUAUGAAAGCGUUAAAUGUAUUACCUUCUGACGUCGUUACUCGAGUAUCGGAGUACGUACCUGAAAUCAUUCAAUUUGUGGAAAAGAUUAUCACUCAGGGUUUAGCUUACGAAAGUCAAGGAUCUGUCUACUUCGACACGAUCAAGUUCGAUCAAUGUGACAACCACUUUUAUGCCAAACUUGUGCCUGAAGCCUUCGGAGACGAUAAAGCACUUCAAGAGGGCGAGGGCGACCUAAGCCAAGGCUGUGGGAAGCGGAACAACUCGGAUUUCGCACUAUGGAAAGCCUCGAAACCCGGAGAGCCAGCCUGGGAUUCACCAUGGGGCAGGGGCCGACCUGGCUGGCAUAUCGAGUGCUCCGUCAUGGCGUCCGAAUUGCUUGGCGAGUGUAUCGACAUUCACUCGGGCGGAUACGACCUCAAGUUCCCGCACCAUGAUAAUGAAAUAGCACAAUCGGAGGCCUAUUUUAAUAACGAUAAUUGGGUACGAUAUUUCCUACAUUCCGGACAUCUGACCAUCUCAGGCUGCAAGAUGUCCAAAUCGUUGAAGAAUUUCAUUACGAUCAAAGAUGCUCUUCGGAAGAACACCGCACGUCAGUUGCGGCUAGCCUUUCUAUUGCAUCAGUGGAAGGAUACUUUAGACUACAGUGACAACACGAUGGAGAUUGCCAUGCAGUACGAGAAGAUUUUUAAUGAGUUCUUCCUUUCGGUAAAGGAUACGCUGCGAACAACAGGUGCGUCUGCAACGGAGUCCCUGCGAAAGUGGAAUACUGAAGAAAUGAAAUUAAACGAUAUGUUCCAAAACACCAGAUCCUCAGUUCAUGCGGCCCUGUGCGAUAACAUUGACACCAGGUCGGCCCUUGACGCCCUUCGAGAGUCAGUAUCUGCUGUCAACGUUUAUAUACGAGAGAUGAAUACUGCCAAGCGGACGUUAAACACUGUCCUCCUCAAGAAUAUCGCCGUGUAUGUUACGCAUAUAUUGCGCGUGUUCGGUGCCAUCGAAACGUCUGACGAAAUCGGAUUCCCCGCCAUUGGCGGCGUAGGGAAUACCAGUAUUGAAGCAAUCGUCACGCCAUUUUUGACUGUGCUAUCGAAUUUUCGUACCGAAGUUCGCACCCAAGCGCGUAAAACGAAACAGGCUGAUAUUCUCAAAAUAUGUGACCUCCUUCGAGACGAAGUGCUGCCUGAGCUUGGUGUCCGCCUCGAAGAUCACGAAGGUCAACGAACCAUUGUUAAGCUGAGUGACCGUGAAACACUGAUGCGUGAAAAAGAGGCAAAGCUAAAGAUUGAAGAGAAAAAAAGACUGGAAAAAGAAGCUAAAAAGAAAGAACAAGAGAUGGUAGCGGCCGAGAAGGAGCUGCUACGAAAAGUGCCUCCUCAGGAUUUGUUUAAAAGGGAAAUGGACAAGUACAGUGUUUUUGAUGAGUCGGGCAUACCAGUAUUGGACGUCGAAGGCAAGGAAGUUAGCAAAGGAUUGCAGAAGAAGCUUAAAAAGCUCCAACAAGCGCAUGAAAAGAAAUAUCAGGAAUUUUUGACUGAGCAGGAAAGCUACAACUGAUUGCGAUUGUUAGAAACUGUUGGCACACACAAACCUUAUUAUUAAAAAUUUACAAAAAUAGUGAUUACUUGUAUGAACGAGCUAUUUUGUAACAUGUAGGACAAAUGUGUAAACUUCUCCUUGAUGACGUUAAUUUAUGAAAUACAAAUUACUAUUUAUUCAUAAUUUCAUUCAUAAUUCAAGUCUUCAUUAUUAAAUGGGUGUGUAAAGUAGGGUUUGGCUGCAUUUAGUA